CACAAAUACUCGAGCAUCCGCACACACGCAUAGCUCUCUCUCUCUCUCUCUCUCCCCCUCUCAAUCUGUCUCUCUCAAGCAGAACAAUACAAAACAAUCUAGAAAACGACAAAAACAACAAAAAUAACUAUAUUUUUAUAUAUUUUUGUAUUUGGAAGUAGUAAACAGAAGUCGCUCGCCAAGAUGCCGACAUCGAUGCCCUGUGCGACAAGGCCAGGUAGAGUGCUGCCUUCGGAGUGCUAUGACCGAAACAAACGCAAGAUUGGGCUCGAGAUGGAGAAGCCCGUGCGGUUGCCCAAGCCGGUGCCAACAGACUUUUUGGGCGCCUUCAAGAGGCAGCCACGCGUCUCCAUCUGUGAGAAGCAGCUGGCAGAGGGUCUGCUGCAGCAGCGGGACGGCUUCCUUCUGGCUGGCAAAAAGGGGAACCGGCGCACACUGCCUCCGGGCACAGUAGCACCCAAGCCCGUUGGCCUAUUUCGUCCGGUCAAGCCAACGAAGCGCAAGGGACUCGGCGGCGAGGCCACCUACUUCCAUGUGCUCGGCCAGCCGUGGGAGUCGAAGGGCUUUGCGACGCUGCAGAAGGAGCAUGUCGAUCGCAUGAAAUCAUCGCGUCCGCCCACCGCCGAGGAAAUACAGGCCGAGGUGGAGCAGCUCAGGGAAGAAGAGCGUCAGAACAAGGAGGAGGAAGAUCGCGUGCGCAGCUACUACCAUGAAAUUGACGAGGCGCGACGCGAACGCGAACUCGAGGUCCAGCGACAGAUCGAUGCUGAGGCCGAUGACGAUGAUGCGGAGAAGGCGGCCGAGGCAAAGCGUCUAAUGGUCUUGCACAAGUCAUUGCAGGCCCGCCAUGAGAACGAUGUGCGCGUCCAGUCGGCCAUCCGAGCGAUUGGGGCUGCCAAAUGCAGCGCCAUGUGGACGGCCCAGAUUGAGGAGCGUGCGAUGAUGGAGCGCCUGCAGGCCGAACACGAUGUGGAGCAGGCGCGCAAGGACACGGCGUUCAAUGAAUCCAAAUGGGGCUCGUCGUCUGAACAGGAUCUGGUGGCGCACAACAAGCGCCUUGCAUUUGGCGCUGCUGUGCGCCAGCAGAUCAAUGAUCACCGGCAGCUGCGCCAUUUGGCUGAGGAGCGUCGCCGCGAAGAGUCGCGACAAAUGCGCGAUGCCUACGACGAGUACAAACGCUUCCAGGCGGACCAGACGGUGGCCAACGGCCAGCGGAAGACGAAUUAUCGCAACGAGCUCUUCCACUACAUCAAGUUGCAUCAGGACUUUGGACGCAUGCUCUGCGAGCAGGAGCAGCGCGACGAGCUGCGCGCCAAUAAAUAUGUCAUCGAUAAGGAGGCCCAGCGGCUGGAGCAGCGCCAGCAGAAGGCAGCCAUUGAUCUGGCCAAGGAGCGCAAGCGCGACGCGCUCUAUGCCAUACAGCAAAAGAUUCUCGAUGCCAAGGACAAUCGGGAGGAGAUGCGUCUGCUGGCCGAGCACGAGCGCCUGGAGCGCAAAUACCGCUUGGAGGAGCGCAAGGCCGUGGAGAAGCGUCGUCGCCAGGCCGACGAACUGCGCCAGGGCAAUCUGGAGGCCAUGACCCAGAUCAAUAAGCUGCGCGCCUGCUACUACGCCCAGCGCCAGCGCGAAAUGGACGAGAUGAAGCUGGACCGGGCCAAGUACGAGGAGCAGCAGAAGAUCGAACAGGAAAAGAAGCUGGGACGCAAGUUCAGUCUGCACGAGGGUGUCACCGCCCAAAUGGAGGAGCACGAGCGCGCCCGACGCCGCGAAAUCGAAAACGAGCGCGUCGAGAGCGACAAGGCCAGGGCCAUGGAGCAGCAGCGCCAGAAGGAGAUCGACAUGGUGAUCAGCGUCAAGCUGGACGAGCUGGCCAAGAAGAAGUGCUUGCCGCAGAACGCGCUGCAGUCGCUAACUGGCCGUGUCACUUAUACCGGCCAGGCCAAGCUCUCCGCCCACGUGCAAUAGUGGGCGUCGGCAUGGGCGUGGGCGUGGGCGUGGCAACUGUUUGACUCUUUUUUGCUUAUCGUUUCUUGUUUUUGUUUUACUUUUGGCUGUGUUCGAUUCGAUUGUGGCUGGAGUGGCAGCUCUUUAACACACACACACAUAGUUGGCAGCGGCACGCAUAUACACACACACACACAUAUCCUACACACAC